GAACAACGUUGCUGCUUGUGCAAAGCACUUUGUGGGUGAUGGUGGGACAACCAAGGGUGUCAAUGAGAACAAUACGCUAAUUGACAUGCACGGAUUGCUUAGCAUCCACAUGCCUGCCUACUUUGACUCGAUCAGUAAGGGUGUCUCAACGAUCAUGGUUUCCUACUCAAGUUGGAAUGGUGAAAAAAUGCAUGCCAACAGCAAUCUAAUUACUGGAUUUCUCAAGGGCAUUCUUAAGUUCAAG